UGAUGCUUAGCCACUCACAGCCUAGUUUGCUGGAUUGCGUACGUUUUCGUGCGUGGACUGAAGUUCGGGCGCGAAAAGCGUAGAGCAGGAAUUCCUCUCACAACACGGCCCGGAUCCCUCCAGCCGCUAUGUUCGUCAUUAAGCGAGAUGGUCGUCAGGAGAGAGUCAUGUUUGACAAGAUUACCUCGCGAAUCCAGAAGCUGUGUUAUGGUCUGAACCCUGAGUUCGUAGAUCCAGCACAGAUUACGAUGAAGGUGAUUCAGGGCCUGUACAGUGGCGUUACAACCGUUGAAUUGGACACACUGGCAGCAGAGACAGCCGCCACCAUGACGACUAAACAUCCCGACUAUGCCAUCCUGGCCGCACGGAUCGCCGUCUCCAAUCUACACAAGGAAACCAAGAAGGUAUUCUCUGACGUGAUGGAAGAUCUGUACAACUAUGUGAGCCCUCUGACCAAUAACCACUCGCCCAUGAUUUCCAAGGAAACUUUGGACAUUGUGCUUGAAAAUAAAGAUCGCCUGAAUUCUGCUAUCAUCUUUGACCGGGACUUCUCCUACAAUUUCUUCGGUUUUAAGACCCUCGAACGUUCCUAUCUGCUGAAGAUCAAUGGAAAAGUGUCUGAACGUCCCCAACACAUGCUGAUGAGGGUCUCUGUUGGAAUCCACAAGCGGGACAUUGAUGCUGCCAUUGAAACGUACAACCUGCUGUCCGAGCGCUGGUUCACUCAUGCCUCUCCCACCCUCUUCAAUGCUGGCACCAACAGGCCUCAGCUCUCCAGCUGCUUCCUGCUCACCAUGAGGGACGACAGCAUUGAAGGCAUUUAUGAUACUCUGAAGCAGUGCGCUCUGAUUUCCAAAUCUGCUGGCGGUAUAGGUGUUGCUGUGAGCUGCAUCCGAGCUAGGGGAAGCUACAUCGCGGGCACCAAUGGAAGCAGCAAUGGCCUGGUACCCAUGCUGCGGGUUUACAACAACACAGCGCGUUACGUCGACCAGGGAGGGAACAAGCGUCCAGGGGCCUUUGCCAUUUAUCUGGAGCCGUGGCACAUGGACAUCUUUGACUUCUUGGAGCUGAAGAAGAACACUGGGAAGGAGGAGCAACGUGCUCGCGAUCUCUUCUACGCGCUCUGGAUCCCAGACCUCUUCAUGAGGCGUGUGGAGAACAACCAGGACUGGUCCUUGAUGUGCCCGCAUGAUUGCCCCGGCCUGGAUGAUGUUUGGGGAGAGGAGUUUGAGGCUCUGUACGAGAGGUAUGAGAAGGAGGGCCGGGCACGCAAGGUGGUGAAGGCGCAGCAGCUGUGGUACGCAGUCAUCGAGUCGCAGACAGAGACUGGGACGCCCUACAUGCUGUACAAAGAUGCCUGCAACAGGAAGAGUAACCAGCAGAACCUGGGGACCAUCAAAUGCAGCAACCUCUGCACCGAGAUCGUGGAAUACAGCAGUGUGAACGAGGUGGCUGUUUGCAACUUGGCCUCGCUGGCACUGAACAUGUACGUUACUGCAGAUCGCAGCUACGACUUCAAUAAACUGGCCGACGUCACCCGGGUGGCCGUGAAGAACCUGAAUAAAAUCAUCGAAGUGAACUAUUACCCAGUCCCCGAGGCGGAAUAUUCCAAUAAGAAGCACCGGCCGAUUGGAAUUGGCGUCCAGGGGCUGGCGGACGCCUUCAUCAUGAUGCGAUACCCCUUUGAAAGCGAGGAGGCUCAGACGCUCAACAUUCAGAUCUUUGAGACCAUUUACUACGCAGCCCUGGAUGCCAGCUGUGACUUGGCCAAGGAGUUGGGUCCGUACGAGAGUUACCAGGGCUGCCCGGUCAGCAAGGGGAUCCUCCAGUAUGACAUGUGGAACGUCACGCCCACUGAUCUUUGGAACUGGAAGGACCUAAAGGAGAAAAUUGCAAAGUACGGAGUUAGAAACAGCCUCCUGAUUGCUCCAAUGCCCACUGCCUCCACUGCCCAGAUCCUGGGUAAUAAUGAGUCUAUUGAACCCUACACCAGCAACAUCUACACCAGGCGGGUGCUCUCUGGGGAGUUCCAGAUCGUGAACCCGCACUUACUGAAGGACCUGACGGAGCGAGGGAUGUGGAACGAGGACAUGAAGAACCAGAUCAUCGCCCAGAACGGAUCGAUCCAGGUCAUUGAAGGGAUCCCAGAUGACCUGAAGUCUCUGUACAAGACUGUGUGGGAGAUAUCACAGAAGACUAUCAUCAAGAUGGGAGCAGACCGUGGGGCCUUCAUUGACCAGAGCCAGUCACUCAACAUCCAUGUGGCCGAACCCAAUUACGCCAAGCUGACCAGCAUGCACUUCUACGGGUGGAAGCAGGGGCUGAAGACCGGCAUGUAUUACCUGAGGACCAGACCUGCAGCCAAUCCGAUCCAGUUCACACUGAACAAGGAGAAACUGCGGGAAAGCUCGUCGGCUGCCGCGGAGCAGGAGAAGAACAAGGCGGCCAUGGUGUGCUCGCUGGAGAACCGUGCCGACUGCCUGAUGUGUGGCUCCUAGACCAGGAGCACCCGCCAGCAUCCUCCUCCCGUCUAAUCCUUAGGUAGGAGCCACAAAAACAGCCUCACAGCAAGGCACCUCCACCAGAUCCACAACAAUUAAUGAUAAUACACGAUUCAACAAAAUGUACCAAUGGGAUCCCAUUGAACUGUUCGUCUUCUCUCACCUUUUGAUGCCGUGUCUCACGGGAGAUGACUCUGUUACGGCUGGCAGUAUCCUCGGGCAGCUGGGCUUGUUAUUCGGGUGGGAAGACUUGGAGUGUCUGUGCUGGAGUGAUGCACGCAUGCUCCUGCUGUUGGUAUGGUUUUAUAAACAUCUUCAUCACAUGGGUGUAAUAUCUGGUGCUACCAUUCACUGCCAUUCAAUCAUGACUAAUUCACCUAUCUUCCCAUUCUCUCCAUAACCCCUGACACUCGUACUAAUCGAAAAUCUACCUUCUGUUCCAUUACAAAGAAUAUGCAUUGUAUUGACUUUUGAUACUGAUUAUGUGAUCAUUAAACAUUCCUGAACAAUA